GCAAAUUUCGAAAUCGCGAAGAUGCUGAGAAAACUACUAACGCAAACAUCUUCUCGCCGUCUUCUCUUUUCCGGUGUUCCUCCUCUCUUCUCUAAAUCCACUAUUUCACCGUUUUCCUCAUUAUCCUCUUCUCCGGAGCCACCGUCCUCAGAGAGUCCCGCCGUUGAACAUCCCGGAACAACAAUCUCCAUCGAUCGUUCUUCUCUCUAUACUCCUCCCGGUUCGUAUCUCACUCUCACACUCUAUGUUUGACAGAUUUGGUAUCUGAUUGUUGGAAAUUUUAGAUCACUCUCAUGAAUCCACACCUGAUUCUGAGCUCGUUAAGCAUCUCAAGAGUAUUAUUAAGUUUCGGGGUGGACCAAUCUCAGUAGCUGAGUAUAUGGAGGAGGUUUUGACUAAUCCUAAAGCAGGAUUCUAUAUGAAUCGUGAUGUUUUUGGAGCUCAAGGUGAUUUCAUUACUUCUCCAGAAGUUAGCCAAAUGUUCGGCGAGAUGAUUGGUGUUUGGACCGUGUGUCUUUGGGAGCAAAUGGGAAGGCCAGAGAGGGUUAAUCUUGUUGAGCUAGGUCCAGGUCGGGGAACACUCAUGGCCGAUCUCCUUCGUGGUACAUCGAAGUUUAAGAAUUUCACGGAAUCAUUGCAUAUACAUUUGGUGGAAUGUAGUCCUGCAUUGCAGAAGCUUCAGCACCAGAAUCUGAAAUGUACAGAUGAGAGUAGUUCGGAGAAGAAAGCUGUAAGUUCACUAGCUGGAACACCUGUGCACUGGCAUGCUACUCUUCAAGAGGUACCAUCAGGAGUACCAACAUUAAUCAUUGCUCAUGAGUUUUAUGAUGCUCUUCCAGUUCAUCAAUUUCAGAAAUCUACUCGUGGCUGGUGUGAGAAAAUGGUUGAUGUAGGAGAAGAUUCAAAGUUCCGCUUUGUUCUAUCCCCACAGCCUACACCUGCAGCCUUGUAUCUCAUGAAACGUUGCACAUGGGCUACACCUGAGGAAAGGGAGAAAAUGGAACAUGUCGAGAUCAGCCCAAAAUCAAUGGACUUGACCCAAGAAAUGGCCAAGAGAAUAGGUUCUGAUGGAGGUGGAGCACUUAUAAUCGAUUACGGGAUGAAUGCAAUCAUUUCAGACAGUCUUCAGGCUAUUAGAAAACACAAGUUUGUCAACAUACUAGAUGAUCCCGGGUCUGCCGAUCUAAGUGCUUAUGUCGACUUUCCUUCAAUAAAACACUCCGCUGAGGAAGCUUCAGAAAAUGUCUCAGUCCAUGGACCUAUGACUCAGUCCCAGUUCUUGGGUUCGCUUGGAAUAAACUUCAGAGUUGAUGCAUUGCUACAGAAUUGUAACGACGAGCAAGCUGAGUCUUUAAGGGCAGGAUACUGGCAGCUUGUUGGCGAUGGUGAAGCGCCUUUCUGGGAAGGACCCAAUGAACAGACACCGAUUGGAAUGGGGACGAGGUAUCUUGCAAUGAGUAUUGUCAACAAAAACCAAGGCAUUCCAGCUCCAUUCCAAUAAAGAAAGUUGAAACUUUCAGAGAAGGAAACCUUCUUUUUAACUUGGUUUAUCUCUCAGUAAAAGUAAUAAAAAGUUUUUGAGUUCUGAAGUUAUUGCUUGGAUUUUACUUAGCCUAGCUUCUACUUGAACAUAACUAUGACUAAGACUGAAUCAUAGUGCAAAAGAGGUUGAAUCAUUGUGAUUAGACUGCAAGUAUUUCAGUAUAGUUCAGCUCAAAAAAUCACUCAUGACAUGGAAUAUCUGAAAAAGGUUCCGUUAUGUGUUAUCCAAUAUCUUGAUUUAACCGUGUAUUUACUCGAUUUGGUAUAGUGUCAGACAAUUUUACACUUCUUAUAAACACUCG